AUGUCACCGCCAAGUUCCACAGCUGGAACUCAAGGAAGUGGCUCGAAGAAUAGCCAUGCUCGACAAGCUUCCAGCUCCAGCAACUCGAGUAUACGAAUUGCGCGGCCCGAUCUCAAGCCAUCGAGCCAAACACCCAGCGACAGGCCUGCGAGUGUCAACACUGUGGAAUCAUCCAAUCCGUCCGUCAAGAGUGACUCGAAGUCUGAUCGAGCUGCGGAGCAGUCUGCUCAGCCUUCGGAUAAAUCUACUUCUAGCUCAGCUGGGACCCCUCCUUCACAGCCUUCCUUGAAGCUCUUCCCUGACGUCGCACCACCACGUAUGUCCAGCAAAAAUGCAUGGAGAAUUUCGUCAGUACCUCAAUACCAACGACCCCCUAACCCGCCCUCGAUGACGGAGUCGGGUUGUCAAAUUGAGACUUUGGGGAACAAGCCGACAUCUGAAAAGCAGAAACCCUCUGAAGCCCCUUCGAGGAUAUCCAAAGACGAAGAAGAGCCAAGUUGUUCUGGAGCCAUCGCCGUCACGUCUGCAGUCUUCAUGGAGUCUGCUACUGCUGAAAUUGCCAAAUCUCAGGCCGGCACAAAAACUACAGCUAGGGCUCGACCGCCAUCAUUAGCCAUGGGAACGCUAAAGGCAUUCCCUCUCCCCGCACCCAUGAAACCUUUGCCAUCGAUCCCUCAGCCUGGGCGUUCACCCCCGGCUGUCCCAGAUGCCAAGGUGAAUCCCACCGUUCGCUCGGUCCGUUCCACCCUCAGUGUGCCAGAUAGGCAGCCCUCCCACCCUUCGCCUAUUGCGGAGGAUCCUCGUGAGCCGGAUGCUUGCGAGUCAGAGCAUAGUGGGGGUACCCGUCCUGCAACCGCGCUUGGGUACGUAGGAGAGGCAGAGUCCGAAGCCGACCAUGACAGCGCCAAAUCCAUCCACACCCCAAAACGCCCGGAGUCAACCUCGCCAGAACAAAGCACCCCGCGUCGACGUGCUUCUAGCAUUCGUAUCCCAUACAUGCAGAAUCUGCCUGAAAGCCCACCUGGGUGCGACGAAAAUGAGGGCAUACCUUUGGCCGAUUCUCCUAUUCUAGGACAAAUCACUCCGACCAAAUCCCCUGGGAAGCAUGCUGCACGGAAAGCACUCCAGAUCAACCCUCAUGUUGACCGCAAGAAUCUUCCCUUCGGCCUACCUUCGCCUCCACCUACUGCGGCCCUUCCGUCAAAUCCUCCAGCACAGCCACUGCCUGAGCGUUCUCAUGGUAGUCGCAACUAUUCUGCUCCCGUCCCCACCAGUGUCCAUUCUGCCAAAGGAAUGGACACUACAUUGGCUCCGGGGCAUCACAGAGGCUCUAUGAUUUCCCGCAGCGACAGCUCUCGCAGCAGCCUGCUCCAUGAGAGCAUUCCUGAAUCCUAUGAACCGAGCCGCUAUGAGUCCCCGCUUCCAUCUUCGGAUGACGAAGGCUUUGGUCCUAAUUCAGACACAUCACGCUCUCACCGAACAGUCGAGAAGUACCCAAAGCGUGCCCACCCUCUUCGUCGUGGCUAUGAGACCGUUGGUGCACGUCCCAGCCACGACCGCCUCCGCUACCCUCACCCCGUCCGAUCUCAAACACCGCAAGGCCGCACCCGCCGCGUUCUAGAGGAGAGCGCAAUGUCUCCCCAGUCAACCUACUCAGAGUCCACUUACCGCUCCCGCGACUCCCAUAGCAGCCGCAUCCAACCAGGCACUAGCCACAUGGCCCACUACCUGGAAGACCGCAUAGCCAACCUAGAGCGCCAGAACCAAAUUCUUCAAGCUGCUCUCCUCGCGGCUCUCAAUGCCGGUGUCAAGAAUCCCCUCGACAGCUUGGGCGAGUCUGUUCUCCCACCUGGUUUCUCUCCCGCAGGCCCAUAUCAGAGCCGGUUCACAUCGCGCCCGGGGAGCUGGGUUAGCUCUUCGCGCAGUAGUGAACAAAGCGGCUCUGAGACGCAGGGAUCGUACCGGGAUGGUCGGCCAAGCGUACGGCAGUUGGAUGACAUGAUUGAGGAUAUUGAGGGCGGUGAUUGGAUGUCGGACAAGUCUAGUAGGAGUGGUGCACGAAUGGCGAGGAAUCGCUGA